UCAAACCCGAGAAUAUUCUGUUCGACAAGAAUCAUAGGAUCAAACUGAUUGACUUCGGACUCGCCGCUCACUGUCGGAAUGUGGACGACUCUCAGCUGCAUCUCAAGACGUGUUGCGGGAGUCCGGCCUACGCGGCACCGGAACUGCUUAAGAAUCAGAGCUACUCGGGUCCGGCGGUGGACGUGUGGAGCGCCGGCGUUUUGCUCUAUUGCCUACUUGUGGGCCAAUUACCGUUUGAGUCAACGAACCUACCGGCGCUUUACAAAAAGAUUAUGUCCGGCGUGUAUUCAAUGCCCCAACACUUGUCGGCCGACGCCAAACAACUCAUCAGAUCUAUGCUCCAAACGGAUCCCAAAGUGAGAGCCACGAUAUCCGACAUUAUGAACCAUCAAUGGUUAAGAGUGGAUACAAACUCGGAGUUUGAUUUGGCAGAUAUACCAGUGAAUCCCACGCACAGUGAAGUGCUGGAAGUGUGUCAGGUGUUGAAGUUCCCGAGAGUGUCGCCCAUUGUGUUGGAGCGACAAAUCCUGUGCGACUUUGGCU